UGAAUUUCUCGGAGCUCUUCAAACACUCAAACCAACUUUGCAGAGUUUCACCGGAUGGAAAAUAUCUGGUAGGAAAUCCAGUGUAUCCAUUAGGUGUACGUUUUAUGCUCUGAAGUGUUUCGAAGAUGUGUACGAAAGUUACAAAUCAAAGCAAAUGUAUGAAUGCAAUGAAAGUAAAUUUACACCUCUUAUUUCCAUGUGUGAGUACACUAAAUGCUCUCGACCCACUUCACCCGUUACAUGCGGCAGGUUAGAGAUUGUGACGUGAUCGCGUUUAUAGUUAUAUGUUGCAAACGCAUUUCAGAACUGAGAACACCUGACCAAACGGAGACACGUUGGUCGGUCACGGACAGCAGUGUGGUGCGGACUUCGGUAUGGCCUCUGUCCUCUUUCCGAUCACAGGCCACCUGCGUGCAGUACCGGCUGGUGGUGCGAGACGUGAACACGCUGCAGAUCCUACACCUGUACACCUGUCUGGAUCAGAUCGCGCAGAUGGAGUGGUCUUCAGACUCGCUCUUCAUCCUCUGCGCCAUGUACAAGAGGGGCCUUGUGCAGGUGUGGUCCCUGGAACAGCCGGACUGGCACUGCAAGAUCGACGAGGGGUCGGCGGGACUAGUCUGCUCGCGCUGGAGUCCAGACGGACGUCACAUACUCAACACUACAGAGUUUCAUCUGAGAAUCACCGUCUGGUCCCUGUGCACCAAGUCAGUGUCUUACAUCAAGUACCCUAAAGCUUGUCAGAAGGGGCUGGAUUUCAGCCGCGACGGGCGCUACAUGGCCCUGGCAGAGCGCCGCGACUGUAAAGACUACAUCAGCCUGUUCGUCUGUGACGACUGGCAGCUGCUGAGGCAUUUUGAGACAGAGACCCAGGACCUUGCUGGGGUGGAGUGGUCACCCAAUGGCUGCGUGCUGGCUGUGUGGGACAGCUGCCUGGAGUAUAAGGUGCUGAUGUACUCCCUGGACGGGCGCCUGCUCUCCACAUACAGUGCAUAUGAGUGGUCACUAGGCAUCAAGUCCGUCGCCUGGAGUCCCAGCAGCCAGUUCCUGGCCAUUGGCAGCUACGAUGAGAAGGUGCGGAUUCUGAACCAUAUAACGUGGAAGCAGAUCACUGAAUUUGAGCAUCCCGCGACCAUCACCAACUCAAAAGCAGUGGUUUACAAGGAGGUGGAAAUGCGGGCAGCGUUGGGCAGCGAAGAGCUGUCCAUCCAUCAGCAGUUAACUAUGGGAAGCGCCCUCUUCAGCACCCAGAGCAGAUAUGAGAUCUGUGAGCUUCCUGUCCAGGUUCCUGUGGUAAAGCCUGACCCUGACCGAGCUAAUCCUAAAAUGGGAAUCUCUUCCAUGGCUUUUAGCCCCGAUAACCGUUACCUGGCAACGAAGAACGACAACAUGCCGAACAGCGUGUGGGUUUGGGACGUGCAGAAGCUGCGGCUGCUGGCCGUGCUGGAGCAGGUAGCGGCCGUACGCUCCUUCCAGUGGGACCCCCGGCGCCCCCGCCUCGCCCUCUGCACCGGCAACGCCAAGGUCUACCUGUGGUCCCCGGCCGGCUGCGUGUCUGUGCAGGUGCCCACGGAAGGCAGCUUCCAGGUGCUGUCUGUGAGCUGGCACUGCAGUGGAGACUCCCUCAUUCUGCUGGGCAAGGAGCGGCUGUGUCUCUGCUACAUGGAGACGGAGGGAGAGAAAUGAACAGAGCCCGGAGUGCUGAGCCACAGCCUGAGAUCAGCACUCCAGAGACGGGGCACCAUCCUCCAUUUCCCCUGGGGACCGUGCUCUGGGUGACUCCCGCAACUCCCGCUGUAAUGCACCGGUAAUGCAGCCGCUCCCACUGAACCACGGCUCACCCAGACAUUUUAGAAGUAUCGCGUAGCCCACGGCCACUUAAUCUGCGCUCUCCCGAAGUUUGCGUUUUGAACGGCGAGGCAGUGCGUUCAUUAAGGGACCAUUUAAUACUUUUAAAAGGCAUAUGGUGUUUUUGCUCCUGGAAGUGUUCAGAAUUGGACGGAUUCCUGGUGUAACACUUCUUCACACAUGAAGGGUGAGGGUGAGGUGCAGACAGAGUGUUUACUUUUGCCCCUCCAGCGGCUGACCUCAGCCAGCGAUGACAUUUCAAUCACUGGAAGUAUGCUGGUAUAUGUUGUCCUAUGUAAAUAUGUUCUAUUUUUUCUAGA